GAUGAUUGUGUUCAUCAAAUUGUUGUGCCUGUGGGUCAUCGUUCGCAAAUUCUAGGGCUUGCACAUGACCAUGUUUUUUCUGGCCAUUUAGGAGUUAGAAAAACCUACGACCGAAUAUUGCGAUAUUUCUUUUGGCCAGGACUUAAAUCGGAUGUGUCUGCAUAUUGUCGUUCAUGUCAUUCAUGCCAGUUAGCGGGCAAACCAAAUCAGGUUAUACCUCCUGCACCCCUGCAUCCAAUUCCAAUCACAAGUGAACAGUUUGAGCGUAUAUUGAUUGAUUGUGUUGGCCCAUUGCCAAAAUCUAAAGCUGGUCAUCACUAUAUAUUAACAAUAAUGUGUGCAGCUACAAGGUAUCCGGAAGCAGUUCCGAUGCGCAAUAUUAAAGCCAAAGCAGUCGUCAGAGAACUGAUUAAAUUUUGUUCCACUUUCGGUUUGACGAAAGUUAUCCAAACAGAUCAAGGCUCUAAUUUCACAUCGACUUUAUUCUCGCAAGUGUUGCGUGAAUUAACUGUUAAACAUCAGCUGUCGAGUGCUUACCAUCCUGAGUCUCAAGGCGUUCUAGAACGUUUCCAUCAAACGUUAAAAUUUAUGCUGCGCACAUUUUGCGUGGAAACUGGACGAGACUGGGAUGAUGGUUUAUCGAUGAUGAUGUUUGCAGUACGAGAAACCGUUCAGGAGUCUUUGGGUUUCAGCCCGGCUGAGUUAGUAUUUGCACACAAAAUCCGUGGCCCCUUAAAACUGCUCCAAGAACAGCUACUAAGUGUCAAUCCUCACCCUAGGUUUGUUUUAGACUAUGUGAAUAAAAUGCGUGAACGUUUACAUCGUGUGUGUGAAAUAGCACGAAAAAAUUUGGCUGUGAAACAAGACAAAAUGAAGAAACGUUUUGACAGACAUAGUACUAACCGGAGUUUUCAGGUGGGCGACUCUGUGCUGGUAUUACUGCCUGUCCCUGGGUCUGCUCUACAAGUAUCCAGUGGAACGAAAACUGAGGACACCAAUUACGUUAUUCGUACCACAGAUCGUAGGAAGAAAACUCGUGUUUGCCACAUUAACAUGCUUAAAGCAUAUGUAGGCAGAUCCAGUGAUGCUAAAAAUAAUUCUGUUGUCCCAGUUGCACUUGUGUCUAGUGUUGAGUCUGAAUUGGAUGGAUGGGUUGCUCGUGAGGAAAUGGCAGUACCACCCAGACUUUCAAAUUCAGAAAUAAUAAAAGGGUUAGAUGAGCAUUUAUCUUACCUUGAUAAUUCCCAUCGAAAAGCUCUUGUACAGUUGUUAACCCAGUUUUCAUCUCUCUUCUCUGACACCCUCACUCAAACCAACGUGUUGUUUCACGAUAUUGAAAUUGUGAAUUCUUCUCCCAUUAAACAGCAUCCAUAUCGGGUUAAUCCAUGGAAGAGAGAGGAGAUGAAAAAAGAGGUGGAGUACCUGUUGCAGAAUGGCCUUGCAGUACCAAGUUCAAGCCCGUGGAGCUCGCCCUGUCUUUUGAUGCCAAAGACAGACGGCACAUUCAGGUUUUGCACAGACUAUCGCAAACUGAACAGUGUUACGAAACCAGAUUCUUUUCCUCUUCCUAGGAUAGAAGAUUGCAUUGAUCGUGUGGGUGCUGCAACCUAUGUCACUACCCCCCCCGCUCCCAGUAGACGUCGCCAAUCUCAUUGGCACCUUUUACAUAGAUGUCUUGAUAUUUGCCAUGAUAAGUGCUCGCGUGCUGCGCUGUGUAAUCAACGGCAAAAAAAGCAGAACUGA